CGGAGUUCAAACUUUUGGAGGAAAAGAGAAAAAACGGAGGCAGCGGCAUUACGCCAUUCUUGCCUCUCAUGGAAGAAAAAAAAGUGGGAUUUAAAGAAGUUUCUUCCAGAAAUCCAGCAGAGCAGCUCUUCUGGCGCUGGCGGGACUUCCACUGCAAUCUGCUUCCUCCUGCUUCCUCAGCAUGACAGAGGGAAGGAUACAGUCUGCAGGAGUUUUAUAGCAUCGGUUUGAUUUGCGUUGAUUUGAGUUUUAUUUUCUCUGUUUCUGAUCGGAUCAGAAGUUUUUCCUGCAGCGCGCAGAGUCUGACCUGAGGAUGAAAGCCUCCACAUCUCUGCGCUCUGCUCCGCUUCCAGCGCAGCAGCUGCGCUGAUCCUGAAGUGACUUUGUGCUCUGUACCAUGACGGCCUGCCGGCGCGCUUCAGGGCUUUAGGAUGAACGUUGUGACGCGUCUCUCUCUGCUGCUCAGCUGCUGGACUCUCUUCUACCUGCAUCCUGUCCGCGGCUCCCUCAGCCGCAGCGGACCCGCAGAGCGCACAGGAGGAGCCCACCGUGGAUCCGCGCACCCCGCAGGGAGGCAGCCGGUCCCCGCUGCAGGGAGCUGGAAACCCCACGCAGGACCCCCGCUGAUUACAGCCGACACGACCCCGAUGAGAGGCAAACAGACUGCGGGAGGGAACCGGGAACAUCCUCAUCCUCACCAUCAUCAGCAGCUGGAGCAGCUGGAGCAGCCGACCGGAGCGCUGGACUUGGGGCGCAAAGAGGCUGCGCGCUCCUGGCCUCCCGCUGCGGAUGCACGCGUCAAACCGCACGCCCCCGCACAUGCAGGAGGAGGUGUCGGAGUUGGAGAUUCACCGGGGAAACCUGCGGGAACGGUCGCCGCCAGGGCGAGCGCCGCGGCGGCGGCGGCGCGCGGCGGCUUUCCUCCGGCGGCGCAGCGCGGAGCCGCCGCCAGGAGGCAGAAACUGGGCGACAAGCAGCCGCUGGUGACCCCGCACGACUACAUGCUGUCCCUGUACUGGUCCCUGAGCAGCGGGGACCUGAACAGCAGCGCGCUGCAUGAGGCCGGCCUGGCCAACACCAUCACCAGCUUCGUGGACAGAGGACACGAUGAUCGAGGGUCCAUGUUGCGACGUCAGAGGUACCAGUUCAACAUCAGCUCUCUGGAGCGGGACGGGCUCCUGGGGGCCGAGCUCCGCAUCCUGAGGAAGCCGGUCUCCGUGGCGGCGGCUGACGGAGGCUCGGUGCCCUGGUUGAAGCUGUACAGCUGCGCUUCAGGCCGGCAGAAAGCGGCUCUGCUCCAGUCCAGGACGGUGGAUGAUCUCCUGGGCGGAUUCAGCAACAAGUGGGAAGUGUUUGACAUUUAUAAAGUCUUCAACGGAUUCAAGAACCAGCAGCUGUGCUUAGAGCUGGAGGCCCUGGAACACCGAGGAGGCCGUCCGCUGGACCUGCGGACUCUGGGCUUCGCUCGACCCGGCAGGACCAACAAGGAGAAGGCAUUCCUCCUGGCGUUUGGGAAGAGCAAGAAGCGAGAUCUCUUUUACAACGAGAUCAAAGCACGUUCGGGUCACGACAACAAAACCGUCUACGAGUAUCUGUUCAACCAGCGACGGAUGAGGCGAGCUCCUCCGCCAAGAGGCGCCAAGAAACCCCUCCGGAUUCCCUCUCAGGUCCUCCCGCAGCACCAGGUGGCCAAGUCCAGGCCGCGCUGCCACCGCCGGCGACUCCACGUCAACUUCAAGGACAUGGGCUGGGUCGACUGGAUCAUCGCGCCGCUGGAGUACGACGCCUACCACUGCGACGGCUCCUGUGACUUCCCCAUCCGCUCGCACCUGGAGCCCACCAACCACGCCAUCAUCCAGACCCUGAUCAACUCCAUGGACCCGGACACGACCCCGCCCACCUGCUGCGUCCCGACGCGCCUCAGCUCCAUCAGCAUCCUCUACAUCGACUCGGCCAACAACGUCGUCUACAAGCAGUACGAGGAGAUGGUGGUGGAGUCCUGCGGCUGCAGGUAGCAGGCACAGAAAACGGACUCUGUUUGUUCCAACUUCUCUGAAAUCUGCAAAGCAAACCAUCACGGAGCAAAAGAGCUGAUAUUUCAGACACGCUGCUGUAUGGGGCCCGUUUGUAAAGUUACACUGUCAAAAAUUAACAGCAAUAAUUCGUAUAAUUUAGAGAAAAAAAAGAUUUCAGUCACAUUUUGACCAUGUUAUUCCUACGUUUAUAAACAUCACAGUCUUAAACUAAAUAUUUAAUUGGCAAGCUAAAUAUUUAGUUUGUAU